AUGGGCUAUGGACCACACUGCAGCGCUAAAAUGAGAAGCCUCUGGGUCACUCUAGUGCUGGCGAGCAUCACCUGCGGUCUGUGUUCUUCCCAGACUACAUCAGGGACACCGAAAGAGGCUGAAUUGAAUGACAACAUCACUGUGUUUACACGCAUUUUGGAUGGCCUGUUGGAUGGCUAUGACAACAGACUACGUCCUGGACUGGGAGAAAAAGUAACAGAGAUUAAAACAAAUAUCUUUGUUACCAGCUUUGGGCCAGUCUCAGACACAGAGAUGGAGUACACGAUCGAUGUGUUUUUCCGUCAAAGCUGGAAAGAUGAGCGUUUGCGUUUCAAGGGUCCCAUGGAGAUGCUUCCUCUCAAUAACCUGCUGGCCAGCAACAUCUGGACCCCUGACACUUUUUUUCUCAAUGGCAAAAAAUCUAUCGCUCACAACAUGACCACGCCCAACAAGCUGCUGAGACUGAAGGAUGAUGGGACGCUAUUGUACACAAUGAGACUGACCAUAUCAGCAGAGUGCCCCAUGCAACUGGAGGAUUUCCCCAUGGACGCACACGCCUGUCCACUCAAGUUCGGCAGCUAUGCCUACCCUGUCUCUGAGGUUGUGUAUAAGUGGACUCAGGGCCCGGCAAAGUCCGUGGUAGUGGCAGAGGAGGGAUCCAGGCUGAACCAGUACCAUCUGAUUGGUCAGACGGCCGGUACAGAGGACAUUAACACCAGCAGAGGUCAGUACACAGUGAUGAUGGCUCAUUUUUACCUGAAAAGGAAGAUUGGUUACUUUGUGAUCCAAACCUACAUGCCCUGUUUCAUGACCGUCAUACUAUCCCAGGUCUCCUUCUGGCUGAACCGAGAAUCAGUGCCAGCUAGGACCGUUUUCGGAGUGACUACAGUUCUGACCAUGACCACGUUAAGUAUCAGUGCACGGAACUCCUUACCUAAAGUGGCCUAUGCCACAGCCAUGGACUGGUUCAUCGCUGUCUGCUACGCCUUCGUUUUCUCCGCCCUCAUCGAGUUCGCUACUGUCAACUACUUCACCAAACGCAGCUGGGCUUGGGACGGCAAAAAGGCCAUGGAGGCCCAGCAGCCUAAAAAGAAAGACCCAUUGGCUUUGUCAAAGAAACCAAACAACACCUGCUCGGCCGGCGUGAACUUUACCCCCAACAUCACCAAGGAUACGGCUAUCGCUACCAUCUCUAACAGUACGACGGUUCAGCUUAAAAGCAUUGAGACCAAGGCGGCACUGGAUCCGAAAAAGACUUACAACAGCGUCAGUAAGAUUGACAAGAUGUCCAGGAUAGUGUUCCCCGUGCUCUUUGGGACAUUCAACCUGGUCUACUGGGCCACGUACCUCAACAGGGAGCCAGUCAUCAAAGGAGCGGUGUAG